UGGAGGUCCUUUGAGAAGCCCUGACCAAGUGGUGAAAGAUGCCUUUGACUGCAGUCAUCCCAUUCCUCCAGGAUCCAGAGAGUACUUUGAGUACCUGCAGAGCAGAGGGGUGACUCACUUCAAAGUACCUCUGUCAUGGACUCAGAUCCUCCCUACAGGUCUGUCCAGCCAACCACAGCAGGCUGUGGUCUCCUGUUAUCGGACUCUUCUCAAACAGCUGCGGGAUGUGGGUCUGGAGCCUCUGGUUGUCCUUCAUGGAUCUGCAGUGCCUGAAGCUUUGAGAUCCAAAUAUGGAGGCUGGGAGAGUCGGGAGCUUCUGGGGAUGUUUCAGCAGUAUGCAGAGUUUUCUUUCCAGGAGUUUGGAGCUCUGGCACAGACAUGGGUGACUCUGAGUGAUGUAAAUGUUAACAAACAGCAUGAAGAUGCUCCAAAUCUUCUACAGAAUAUCCUCCAACUUAACAAGAACAUCUACAAGCUCUACCAUCAGAUGUACCCUGGAAAAGGGAGGCAUCUGUCACUUGGGUUUCGAGCGAGUGAUGUUUCAGCUUUGUCCCAGAUUGAAGGUUCAACCACAAUGGAUUUCUUGUCAGUGCACAUGGAGUACAGCUGCACCUCAGCAUCAAACUUUGAGGAGGAGCUGAGAGGCUUACAGAUGUCCAGUGGGGAAUUACCUAUCCUGAUACUUGAGAUGACUGUUGAUGGCUGUUCUUAUGAUCAGUUCCAGCUUCUUGGUAACUUCUUACAAGCCUUAGGAAACAAAGACCUGAAAAUUGUGGGAUGUGACAUCAUGGACAUGUUGGGUGGACUGGACCUAGUGGAUGUCCCAGUCAGCCAACACAAAAGCAGAAUUAAAAACACCUAUCAAAGUGUAUGGGAUAAAUUUGAAGCACAAACCCCCAAAGACAGAGAUCUUUUACUGGAAGAAUCAUUCCCUCCUGGCUUCCAGUGGGCGACCUCCAGUGAGUCCUUUAAGGUUGAAGGUGGCUGGGCUGAACAUGGAAAGGGGGAAACCAUUUGGGACCGCUGGGGUCAUGAAGGCAUGGUUUAUGAGAAUCAGACUGCUGAUCUAGCCUGUGACAGUUAUAAUAAGGUGGACUAUGAUGUCUACCUCCUGCGGGGUCUUCAUGUCAACACGUACCAGUUUUCCAUCUCCUGGGCCCGGAUCUUUCCCUCAGGCUACCGGGACAGCCAUUCAGACCAAGGAGCUCUCUACUACAACAAGCUGAUAAAUGCUCUGAUUGAGUCUGGCAUCCAGCCUGUUGUCACUCUCUACCACUGGGAUCUGCCCCAAGCACUCCAGGACAAUGGUGGAUGGACUAAUGCAUCCAUCGUUGAUGCCUUUAAGGACUAUGCAGACUUCUGCUUCUCCAGGUUUGGAGGCAGGGUCAAGACCUGGAACACAUUCAGUAGCCCGUGGGUGGUGAGCCAUGCUGGGUAUGGCACUGGUGAGGAUCCCCCUGGAGUGAAAGACUAUGUGGUUGCCUCCUAUCAGGUCACACACAACAUACUAAAGUCCCACGCAGAGGCCUGGCAUAUCUACAAUGACAAAUACAGAAAAGUACAAGGAGGUCAAGUCGGCAUUGCAUUGAACUCUGACUGGCCAGAGCCCAAGGACCCUUCCAAACCUGAAGAUGUAGCAGCAGCAGACCGCUACCUCCAGUUCAUGCUGGGCUGGUUCGCACAUCCCAUAUUUGUGAAUGGAGAUUACCCUGAAACCCUCAAGACUCAGAUUGAGCGGAAAAAAGACCAGUGCUCUUCGUCAGAGCCUGCAAGACUUCCUGUUUUCACAGCUGAAGAGAGCAGGAGAAUAAAUGGAACAGCUGACUUUUUUGGGCUGAACCACUACACGUCUCUGGUGGUCAACAACAGUAACGGUGGCUGUACCCCAGGUCCUCAAGGGGUGGGUGACUUCCAGGAAUAUAUGGACACAGCAUGGCCCCCAACAGCUUUUGGAAAGCUUCUGAACUACAUUUCCAAAGAGUACUUAAGCACCACAAAAGUACCUAUCUACAUUACCGGGAAUGGAAUCCUGACUGACUCCCUCAAUGACACAGUUCGAGUAGAGUACAUGGAGGUUAGCAUCAGUGAAGUCCUCAAAGCAAUACUCGUAGAUGGACUGGAUGUUCAACGCUACACAGUAACGUUAAUGGAUGGAUUUGAGGGGAGCUUGGGCUAUAGCGCAAGAGCUGGACUGCACUAUGUAGACUUUGAGGAUUCAAACAGACCAAGAACCCCAAAGCAGUCUGCAUAUUUUUACGCACAGGUUAUCAAACAAAAUGGACUUGUUUCAGGCAAUAGCAACGUUUUCAAAGGGGCACUAAUGCAAUACACCCGCAAUCCAACUCCUUUAUCAUCCUCAGAAGUACCAUCUAAAUCAAAGGUAGUCUGGGAGAAAUUCUCUCGCAUGACAAAAUUCAAGACAAAAAUGUAUUACCAUGGCACUUACUCUAAAGACUUCAGCUGGGGAGUAUCGUCUUCAGCUUACCAGGUAGAAGGGGGAUGGGACGCUGAUGGGAAAGGAGCAAGCAUCUGGGAUACAUUCACCCAAAAACCUGGAAACAUUCUUGGCAAUGCUAACGGCAAUGUGGCCUGUGACAGCUACAACAGACUUGAUGAAGACCUCUACCUGCUUCGAGGUCUGCAGGUGAAGUCAUACAGAUUCUCUAUGUCUUGGUCCAGAAUCUUCCCUGAUGGUCACCGUAGGACCCUGAACCAGAAAGGUGUGGACUACUACAACAGACUCAUAGACGGCCUCUUAGCUUAUAACAUCACUCCAAUGGUGACUCUCUACCACUGGGACCUUCCUCAGGCUUUGCAAGAUGCUGCUGGCUGGGAGAGUGAAGACAUGAUUAACAUUUUUAAUGAGUUUUGUGACUUUUGCUUCGCCACCUUUGGAGACAGGGUGAAAUUCUGGAUGACCUUCAACGAGCCGCACACAAUUGCAUGGAGAGGAUAUGGACUUGGAGAUAUGCCACCAAAUGUGAAGAAUCCAGGAAUUGCUCCCUACAGAGUUGCACACAACCUCAUAAAGGCACACGCCAAGGCUUAUCACACAUACGAUGUUAAGUAUCGCAAAUCCCAAGGUGGUCUCGUAUCGAUUGCCCUCAACGCUGACUGGGUUGAACCUGUAGACAUUGAUGUCCCACGUGAAGUGGUGGCCGCUGACCGUGCUCUGCAGUUCCAACUGGGUUGGUUUGCACACCCCAUUUUCAAGAAUGGUGACUAUCCUGAUGCAAUGAAGUGGCAAGUUGGAAACAAAAGUGAACUCCAACGCCUGCCAGAAUCAAGACUGCCAACCUUCACCGAAGCAGAAAAGACUUACAUCAAGGGAACAGCUGAUGUGUUCUGCGUUAAUCACUAUACUACAAAGAUUAUAAGCCAUGCUACACUGAACCUUUCUCCCCAAUCGUAUAAAUAUGAUCUAGAUCUUAGAGAAGACGAGGAAAGUGAUUCCCCCACCACUGCAAUUAAACAACAGAGAGCUGUAGCAUGGGGCUUGAGAAGACUUCUAAACUGGAUCAAGGAAGAGUACAGAGGUCCUGAGAUUUACAUCACUGAGAACGGAGUUGCUACAGAAACAAAGAUAACUUGGGACGACACUGCCAGAGUAUUUUACCUAAAGACUUACAUUAAUGAGGCUUUAAAAGCCUAUCAUCUUGAUGGUGUUAAGGUAAAAGGAUACAUGGCAAGCUCUCUCUUGGAUUCCUUUGAGUGGCUCCGUGGAUACAGUGUUGGUUUUGGGUUACAUCAUGUGGAUUUUACAGACCCAAACCGGCCAAGAACUCCCAAGUACUCAGCCCAUUUGUACCACCAAAUCAUAAAGGACAACGGUUUUCCUCCAAAUGAUGAUGAGAAGACACUUUAUGGGCAUUUUCGUGAAGGUUUUAUAUGGAGUACUGCCACAGCAUCAUAUCAGAUAGAAGGAGGAUGGAGAGCAGAUGGGAAAGGUCUAAGUAUCUGGGACAAGUUUGCUCACACCCCUCUUCGAGUGUUCAAUGAUGACAAUGGGGACAUCGCCUGUGACAGUUACAAUAAAGUAGAAGAGGAUGUUGAAAUGUUGAAACAACUUAAAGUGACCCAUUAUCGUUUCUCCAUAUCCUGGCCGAGGGUGCUCCCUAAUGGCACCACCGAACACAUCAAUGAGGCUGGACUCAACUAUUACCACAGACUGGUGGAUGCACUACUUGCUGCAAACAUACAACCACAUAUCACGCUCUACCACUGGGACCUUCCUCAAGCUCUGCAGGAUAUUGGAGGCUGGGAGAAUGAUACUAUUAUCGAUAAAUUCAGGGAUUAUGCUGACCUCAUCUUCAGUCGACUCGGCCACAAAGUUAAAUUUUGGAUCACCAUCAAUGAGCCGUACAAUAUAGCCAAUGUAGGCCAUGGCUAUGGAGCAGCUGCGCCAGGGAUAAGUUUCCGACCAGGUACGCUACCCUAUAUUGUUGGACACAACCUGCUCAAAGCACAUGCUGAGGCCUGGCAUCUGUACAACGACCAGUACAGGGCUACACAGAAAGGAAUAAUCUCCAUCACCAUCAACUCUGACUGGUCAGAACCUAGAAAUCCCUACAAGCAGGAGGACAUUGAUGCAGCAAGGCGUGUGGUGCAGUUCUACAUUGGUUGGUUUGCCCAUCCAGUGUUUAAUGGAGACUACAGCGACAUGAUGAAAACAAUCAUUCGAGACAGAAGCUUAGCUGCCGGUUUGCCAAAAUCUCGGCUUCCUGAGUUCACUCCUGAGGAGAUUCAGAGAAUUAAGGGUACCUAUGAUUAUUUUGGCUUCAACCAUUACACCACUGUGCUCGCAUUCCCUGUGGAGUAUGGCAACCUACAGCACUACGACGCUGAUAGGGGUGCAGGAACAAUUGCUGAUCGUACCUGGUUGGACUCAGGCUCAUCCUGGCUGAAGGUCUCACCUUUUGGUUUCCGGAGGAUAUUAAACUUCAUCAAAGAAAAUUAUGGAAAUCCACCUAUAAUCAUCACAGAGAAUGGCAUUUCAGAACGUGGACCUGUUGAUCUAGAUGAUUUUCAUAGGGGCUACUACUAUCAUGAAUAUAUCAACCAGGUGCUAAAAGCAUACAGGCUAGAUAACGUGGACAUCCGUGGAUACACAGCCUGGUCCCUGAUGGAUAACCUUGAGUGGGCCACUGGCUUUUCAGAGAGAUUUGGCCUCUUCUACGUCAAUCAUUCAGACCCCAAUCUAACUCGAGUUGCCAAGACUUCUGUUUCCCGCUACGCCACCAUCAUAAGAUGCAACGGAUUUCCUGAGGGAAUCCAUGAAUGCUUGAGCCCAGAGCCUGAAGCAACAAUUGCACCUGUAAAGCCGUCCACAGACACCGUUCGCUUCCUGGGCAUGAAUCUGUCCUUUGAGGAUGCUGCGACUGGACUCAACACCUCAUUUGCUCUCCUGAUAGUUGUAACACUUGGAGCCAUUUGUUCUAUCGCUUGCUUUGUCAAGGCAAAAAAACAGGCAAAACAAAAGUCGUCAAAGAAAAGAAAGCAGUCAGUACAAUUAAAUCAACUCUAAGAGCAAAAAUGCUAGGUUGUGACUUCAACAUGCUUAUUGUCCUAAUAAGAAGUUGGGUAAAAUAUUGCAAGCUUUAAAAAUGUAAACUCCUAUUGUAAAAUCAGGAUUGAACAAAUGUAUUCAUUGUUUCAAAAACGUGUCUGAAAUGUUACUGCCAUUGUAAAUUUUUUUUACUGGUUAAAAACAUGACAAUUUUCACAUUAGCCAUGUUUUUUGUUUAAAGACUGCUGAUCUGCUGUAGUUUAAUGAACUGGAACUCCUUUGU